AUCGAGCCUCUUGUCUUCUUGUUUGUCCAUGCUUCAGCCGCCCCACGCAAUCCACUCUGCCACCCACGACGAUGGCUGCAGAUCAGCCUUCAGUCCGGAAUUCGCACAGCGGACAGCAAGAGGACUUCCUGAUUGUCUCUUCUACAAUCUCGAUACACCUCAAAUGCCAACCUCAUCGGGAUGGAAGGGCAAUGGCAUCGUGUAUGGAUAGAGCGAUGUGUUCUUCGAGUUCAUGCCUCAACCGACCGAGAAUAUGCUGUCAUCCGUACCUGAGGUAGCAAUGACUGAUGCAACUCCGCAACCUCUUUUCGACGAAGCUAUAGAAACGAUUCAGGACACAAUUUCAAAAGAAGAUCGAAAGGCCUUCCGCCACCACACCACGGUGGAAUCCUUGGUCCAGGACCUGCACUCCAUCUGCGAUUCCUCCCAGCAAAAGUCUCGUGCACUCUCGGCAUGCGCAAGAAAAGUAACCCUUUUCUCACGCUCCUUUGCACCUUAUUUUGAAGUUGUCGGUGGCUUCACUCAGCUGAGGCCGGACUGCCUGGGUUGGUUCUGGGGCUUGGUUCGGCUAGUGUUCAAGGUUGGCAGUGACUAUGUCCUGUUCCUUGAAGCCGCGUGUGACCUGCUCGAAACCUUAACUCAAAGUCUCCCACGAUACCAGGAGAGGAAAGACGCCUACAGCUCUCUCUCUCUUGCCGCACAACGCGAAGGGUUGCUCCUAUUGUCGUGCGUAUAUGCAGACAUUGUCCAAUUCUUCCUGGACCUGUACUGCAUGUUCUCAAGGGCUUCCAAAGGGGCCCGAUUGCGACAUCAUACACCUGCAGAUUGGAGGCCUCUAGAUUCACGUUUUGUGACACUACUCCGGCGACUUGAGAAACAUAGAGAAUGGAUAGUGACGGGUCUAUCCGACCAGGGAUCGCUGUUACAGUGUCGAAAAGAGUAUUUCGACCUACUCCAGCCUCAGGAGGGAGCGAUAAGAGAAGCUCAGGCCGAAGAUAUGGCACGCAGAGUGAGAAGAAUCGAUAAGGUGAAGUCGUGGCUCUCGAGCGACUCCAUCUACCAGGAUAUAUACCGCCAUCGCUUCACACAGGUACUUGACGGCUCCUGUAACUGGUUCUUGGAAACACCAGAGUAUUCUGCAUGGAAGACUGCUCCAUUUGGUGAACGAAAUGCGAACGAUCUGGACAGUUUGAGGGUUGAUUGGCACGGAAGAGUUCUAUUUGUACAAGCACCAAUCGGUUUCGGCAAGACAUGUCUGUCAAUUCGGAUCAUACAGGAUCUGAGUACGGGGUGUGAGCAUCUCAAUGUUAUUGACGAUCCACCUACUGUUGCUUUCUUCCAGUUCAUCGGCGAUCAUCCUCGCUGUACGGACCCUGCCGAUGCAUUUCGUGCGAUCGCGGUUCAAUUAGCACAUCAUCACCGCCACGACCGCUCAACAGUGGACGCCUUGUCAUCGCUGAGACGCAAAACGUCUGGCAGAGGCCUAGCAUCCUUUGAUGAUCUCUCCGCUGUUCUUUCUCUGCUUCUUCGACAGCACCCUACAUUCCUCGUACUUGACGGUGUAGACGAGUGUAGUGAUCAAGAGCUACUCCUGGUAACAUUGUCCGACCUGUGUCAUAAAAGCGACGCUCGUAUCAUCAUCUUCAGUCGACCCGGAAUCAAUAUACCUCUACAGUAUCAAAAUUGGGCUUCGAACUCUCCUCAUGUAGUAACAUUAACACCAAACCAGAACCGAUCCGACCUCGAUGGUUAUCUGACUGCGAAUCUCCAACACAUCGCCGAAAUAGGGUACCUUGGAUCAACCGUGGAUCCUUCCGCCAUUGCGAGAAUAGCGCAAAGUUGGAAUGGGUCGUUCCUUGAGGCUAGUCUCUUUGUCAAAUAUCUCCAGUCGCCUCAUCUUCUCCCAUCAGACCGACUGUUACUCUUGAAUCAGAUCCACCAGGUCGCCGAUCUAAAAUCUUUGUAUCACUUAAUUCUCACAACGCUCGAGCGCAAGAUCUAUGACGAGAGAACACUGGCAGCUGACGCAUUUUGUUGGUUAACGUCUCCGGUCAAUCCGUUAUCCACUCCCCAGCUGCGCUCUGCUCUAGCUAUCACCUCCCCUGUUGGAGACCCUACUGCACAAUAUCCCACUGGAGCUAUCCUAGAACAACUGCCAGCAGCCACGGGCGGACUUGUCGAUGUCAGUAAAUACGGCGUGUACUUCGCCCACCCAUCCGUCAGACAAUACCUACAAUCAGCCGAUUGCCCAUCAUCAGAAUUCAAUUUGUCCAGCGAAGCUCGGGUGCAUGGACACCUCGCCUCACGAUGUCUUUUAUAUCUCACAAACGCAACCCAGAAACGUCCAUUACAACCUCCCCCUCCACUUACCCGUCCACAAGGGCCCAGCCACAUGCCACGCAGCGACACCUCCGUUCGUACCGGCUCUUCAGGCGACAGCGGCUACAAGAGCACUUCAGCCACACCAAGCACGGAGGACGUGGCGAUGGAAUCUCCCGAAGAGGAGCAGACAGCCGCCGUACCUCAAAGGUUCGAUGAAUCCACACCAUUUCUGCGAUACGCAACACUCUGCUGGCCCAUCCACCUCGCCCGCGCUCUUACCCAGCAUGAUACGGCCACUCAGCCCCCUCUCUCAUGGCUUCCCUCUCUCUCCCGCUUCCUCGCUGACAGAGGUGCUGUUACCGCUUGGGCUGAGGCUUCAUGGCACUACAGCUUACCACCUAAUGUGUCACGGCUAGUUCCUUUGAUACUGAACGUGCAAGGCGCCUUUUCCGUUGAGAGUACGGAGUAUAGGGAGUUGAAUGGGGUGCUAGCAGCGCUGAGGCAGCUUAACGGUGCGUUGGAGGAGUUGAGAGCGAGGCAUGGGGCGGCGGUUAUGGCGGCGCCGGGGCUGAUUUGGAGGAGGGAGCUGCAUCGAGAGGAGAGUAGAUUUUGGGCGGUUUGGGAAGAUUAGGG